AAAGCAGAUGAAAAGGCACUUCAGCAUCGCUCCUGAACAGCUGCGGGGACAGACUCAGAGGCAAGGCGAGGGCGAGAGAUCAUACUGCAAAUAUGGCCCAGAGUGACUUCCUCUACCCGGAAAACCCAAGGAGGCGACAGGAAGUGAAUCGGCUGCACAAGCAGCUCCUGGACUGCCUCGCUGACAGCUUCCAUGCCACCAACGAGCUGACAGGCGUUCUAAACGUGCACCUGGGGUGCAGGCUGGCCCUGAUCGAAAUGAGAAGAGAGGGAACCAUCAAGGAAAACUGCGACAUCAUCAUCCAGGCCAUGGUGGAGAUCCAGAAGGAGCUGCAGAAGGUUGAUGAGGCACUUAGAGAUAAGCUGGAGCCCACCCUCUAUAGGAAACUCCAGGAUAUUAAGGAAAGGGAAACCGAGAAAAUCGCCAUAGUACAGAAAGUCAUUUCGGUCAUCCUGGGGGAAGCCACGGCAGCUGCCAGUGCCGUGGCCGUGAAGCUGGUGGGCUCCAGUGUCACAUCUGGCAUCAUUAGCAAGUUGGUGGGUGUGUUAGCUCAAAUCGGUGCUUCUCUUUUGGGUAGCAUUGGGGUCGCUGCUCUCGGCCUUGGCAUAGACAUGAUCUUCCGUGCCAUCCUGGGAGCAGUGGAAAAAACGCAGCUUCAAGCAGCCAUCAAAAGUUAUGAGAAGCAUCUUGUGGAAUUCAAGUCAGCCUCAGAAAAAUACCAUCAGGCCAUCACUGAGGUCACCAACACAGUGAAACGCCAAAUACAGUGAACAGUCGUUUUAUUUGCCACUGUGAUAUUUCUGCGCUUCCCUCUGGCUAACGCUGUCACUGUCACAUCAAUAUGAGGUUCCUUGUUCACAUGCAUCCAAUAAGGACAUAAGGCAGCAAGCAGUCUGGAAAGGGGAACUGGAGAUGGUAGAAUUAUAUGACCCGAGUUUUAUAUCAACAAUGAGCUCUUAAAUCGGUUGUUGCUUGACUCUUAAGAGGAAGAAGAUUCUUCCAGGAUGUUUUCUUACCCUGCAUGACCAAAUCCACAGCCCUGAAAAUGCUUUUACUGUUUCCUUUUCCAAUUCCCAGUCAAAAUCCUCACAUAUGUUACUGACUGCAGACUUUCAUUUCUACAACCACGAACUUCAAACAGCUAAUGAAAUGAAAUUUAGUAAUGUUUAGCUAGACACAAACCGGUGGACUUCAAAUGAAAUAAAUACUAGCAGAUCUUUAGCAUUAGAUUCAAUACAAUUUUCUGUAAACUGAAAAAGACUGUAAAAUAAUUUAUAACAACUUGCCUCAAGGAUGAAA